UGUGUUGAACAUACCCUUUUCCUUAGUAACUGGACCCAGAGGCAGAGUGCGUUGAAAGGUGGAGUCUUCAUCACUUUUCUCCCUUAUUUUUGGCAUCAGGAAGCAGUUAGCCAGAGGAUAGGAUUUCAAAGGUACAUGUACUCUGUAAGUCUCAGCAAAGGAAGGCAUCGUAGUUCUGGAGUGUACUUCUCGUUUAAGGAUUCUCGCACAGAUGUCCGUUGUAAAGUGUGUGGAGAUCUUUUAUUUGUUUUUAAUUUAUUCAUGCUAGUUUGCCGAAGUUAUUGCUGACACUUAUAGUUCCUUCUGCUAAUUCGCUGUGCUACUUGGAGUUUGCUUUGCACUGCCUUUUGUAAGGUAGUCACCUCUAGCUGUUCUUCCAGUCUAUCCCUGUAGACUGCUCCUGUGGCAGUUUUGGGGUGCACGUAGUGCCGCUCUUCCUUUGCACUGGAUGUAAGACACGGAGAGGAGAGCUGGGGAGGUUUUGGGGAGUGUGAAUGACGUCUUGUUGGAUGUUCUGGAUUUCGUGCUGCAGGAACGGCUUCAGUGAGCUCAGUCGGGAUUAUGGGGAGAGCAGAAGGGAUGAAGAGUACGAGCUCCACCGUACAGAGCCCUUGUGCAAUGGUCGGAGCGUGCAGGAUGUACAUCUGACUCAGCCACAGCAUAUAGUCAAUGGGUCCGAAAGCUCUUUACAGGUCCCAGAGGAGAUGCAAAGUCUUAUUGCAGAGGUCAAGGGAAAAGGAGAAGAGGAGCGAGACGUUGUGGUCAAAGGUUGGCUGUCCAUCCAGAAGAGGUCAGGGGUGAGUAACCCUUGGCUUUGGAGUAGAUUAAGGAAGUACUGGUUUGUGCUGUAUAACGAUUCAUUAGAAUACUACAGCAGCAGUGAAAAAAACGCGAAGCGGCUGGGCACCCUUGUACUCACCAGUCUUUGUUCUGUCGUAUUGCCCAGUAAGCAGACAUACAAGGAGACCGGGUAUUGGAACUUCAUAGUUUAUGGUCGUAAGCACUGCUAUCGUUUACAUACCAAAGAUCUGAAAGAAGCAUUACAGUGGGUGAAUGCUAUCCAGAAGGUCAUAGACAGUGUAGCUCCUACAGAAACUCCAACUCAGCUACUUAUUCGUGACAUCAAGGAGAACAGCUCAAAUCUUGAUGUAGUGGAAGAAAUUUACAAAAGGAAUUCAGUUCUGCAACACACAAAGGAACCUCUGUAUGCACCAUUGUUGGCAUUCCCAUAUGGGAGUUUAGAUCAAACUGGUCCAAGUUCCAAAGGCUACACAUCACUCCGAGAAGAAGCAGUAAAACUCUUCAACUCCUUGCAACAGCUGGAAGCAGAACGUGACCCUAUCCCUCUUAUGCAGGGCAUUCUUCAGACAUGCUUUGACCUUCAGCCUCUGAUUGAUGAAGUCUACUGUCAGCUUCUGAGACAGACCACUGGCACACCACACCCUGGAGAUCAAGCAGACCUUCGUUACUGGCAACUCCUCACCUGUAUGAGUUGCACCUUUGUGCCUGAAGAGUCCAUCUUACAGUUUCUAAACAUGCAUUUAAAUAGAACACAAAGAUUAUUUCCAGAAACAGAGAUGGCUAAGUAUGCAGAAUUCAUUUCGGAGUCCCUACUAAAGACAAAGCUCAGACAGUGUGUUCCGUCCUGUGAAGAAAUUCUAGUAUUGAUGCACCGACAAGAGAUGGUGUGUACCAUUCAUCUCCCUGGGUCAGGCAGCUGCAAAAUCACCAUCAGCUCUCACACCACUGCUGAAGAGGUUGUGCAGAAGAUAAUUCAGGACCUUGGCUUGGAACAUAGCCAUAAUAUCUUUGCUUUGUAUGAGCAGAGCAGCCUCUGGGAACGAGCUGUGGGAAAGGAAACUAUCAUUGCUGACAUCCUCACCAGGUUUGAAAAUCUCAUGUCUGAUGAGAAGUGUCUUCAUUCCCAAUGGAGGCUUUGCUUCAAACUCUACUGCCUGCUGGACACAGACAGGGUUCCCAAGGACAGUAUAGAAUACAAGUUCAUCUUUGAACAGGCUCAUGAAACAAUGAUCAGGGGCUGCAUGGCUGUGGCAGAAGAGACCCUACAGUCCUUAGCUGCUUUGAGACUCCAGUAUUUAAACAGUGACUUUUCCACUCACACUCCUUAUCCUAGACUGGAAGAAAUCUUUCCAAUGGGUGUUAUCCAAGCUCAUGUUUAUGCCACUAAGACAUUGUAUUCCUCAAAGUGUUGCAGCAAAAGUUUCCCGAACACUUUGUUUCCAGGUGCUUUGCAUAACGGACUUUGGACCAAUGCUCUCCAAAAGCUGAAGGCAGAAGAGGAUCAGCAGCUGAUUGGACGAAUGAAGGAGGAAGGUACUGCUGUGAUGACUGCUAUCAUUGAAAAGUGGAAACAGCUGCAAGGACUAACUAAAGAGGAAUCCAUGUUGAAAUAUCUGACAAUUGCAAAAGAGUGGCCUGGAUUUGGAUCAUCCCUUUUUGAAGUGGAUCUGUAUAUGAAUUCAGGGGGGAGCUUGAUUUCAAAAUUGUGGCUGGGAAUUGAUGCCAAAGCAGUGUCCAUCUAUCAACAAGGAGAGCCUGAGCCCUUUGAAACCUACUGCUACAGCCAGAUAGCGUCAUAUGGCAAGUUAGACAAGAACACAUUUAAGAUUACAGUUGAUGAAAAGGACCUGAUAUUUGAAACUAACAAGGUGGAUGACAUUAUUGGUCUGAUACAGAUGUACCUCACCUGCAAUGGCAGGAAACACCACAGGUUAAGAACUGAGAGCGGAAGUGAAACCUUACAUCCCUAGCACUAGAAAUUUAAGGAUUGGACUGGCUUUAUCUAAAUAUUCCAGUACUGGCUGUUGACCAAAAAAGUUCCAUUGUCUGGUUAUGCGUUCAUCUGGCUACUGUCUUUGUCUUGCUAAUAUGGAAAUUUGAAUACUUUGUUUUUGUUAAUGACUCUGAGGUGCUGUGGGUGACUAUAAAACAGCAAGGAUUAAUAACGUCACACUUAAACGACACACUGACCCAACUACAUACUGCAAUUUGACUGUCAAAAGAGACUGCAUAUUCACAGCUAAUGUACUGAACUCCAUGUAAAAGAAAAUAUUUUUAUCCUCAUCAUGAAUACAGCCUUAUAAUGGAAUUGCAGUCUGGUUCAGGUAUACCACAGUCACAACUGUCAUUGGAGGCUGUGUGCAUGUAUGUGUGAGUGCACUUGUCAUACAAGAGUUUUUAUGGAGACUGAAAUAAGACAGCUUUGUAUUUAAUAAUUAAAUUUAAUGGAUGACUUCAUACUUAAACCUGCAGGUAAUUUCUGCUGCCAUAUCCAAAGAGUAUACUUUUACCUCUGAUACCUGCUGUCAAGCAGUUUGUUUAUGUAUUCCAUCACUUAAUAGUGGGACAUUUUUUUUAUCCCACCCGUGAAAGAGGCAAAAGGUAGAGAGUCAUUUUUCAGUAACUCCACUGCCUUAUGUUUCACAACUGAAAAUGACUGCUAGCACCUUGCAGAUUUGAAAUUGCUCAUAUCAUGCUAUGUAAAAGCAAAACAUCACUCUCUAAGAGUAUAUUUACCUGAAAAUAACAAACACGGCAGUCUGUAAUUGAUUUUGUUGUCCCAUCAUUAGUUUCACUGAAUAGCAAUAGGAAGAAGUGCUUGUGAUUUCGUUUUACAACGUAUACAUAGUUGCUAGUUUUCUAAUUAAAUGAGCACUGUGAUGAAUUUUGGGGGUUUCUAGUCUGCCAUAUGUUACGAAUCAAUUAAAUGCAGUUAAUGUUUCCUUUUCCAUCAUAAUACACAGUCAUUCUUGAUUAUUGGUACAAGCAAGACAAGAGGUAGUAAUAAAAUUAGGUGUUUAAGAUGCAUGGACACAACUAAACUGAUAGCCUGUAAUAAUGCGACUGUGUUUAGCUGAGUUGUAACAUAAGGCAAAUGGGCCCAACAAAUUAAACUGUGUGCCUUUCUAAGAAUAGUCCUUUGGAGAAUGACUUGAAGUACACUCUGCUAUACAUUUCUGAUUUCUAGAUGGUGUUUCAAAUUUAGUUCCAGCUCUGACAGUCCAACUCUCUUUUCCAGGAGAAUGACCUAGCUUCCAUGAUCUAUGAUUUAUGAUCCAGCUUUUAGCUAGACCUAGUAACAUUGCAUGGUCUGUGAUAACUGUUUCACAAUUGUAACUGAGACUGUAAUUCCUAAAGUGUUCCAAUUCAAACUGUAGUUUACAUCACAAAUGUCACAGUUUUCUCAUCUUCUUAGAUUAGAAUUUCAUUUUGGCAGUCUUCAUUUGCAUACAUUGUUGUUUUCUGCUUUGUGUGCAUAAGAAUUCAGUACAGUUUUCCUCCACUUUUACUGCACUUUAUUCUUGCAUAUAUUCAUGAUGAAUAUUGCACUAGAUGACUCAGCCAAAGGCUGAACAAAUCUGGAUUGUGUUUCCUGAUAUUCUCUUUCACACCCUCUCAAUCCGCACUACCCUGUUAAUGAUCUUAUAUUUCCAUUUACUGAUAUUAAGUCCACCCUCAGUUUCAGCUGCCACCUGUAUCCCGACUUUUAAUCCUGCUCACCCCCCGUGGUUCAGUGUAUUUGCGCCAUGAUGCCUUUUCUGUCUUUCCUUUAUUGUUUCCAUUCCCAGUACUUUGAGUUGACACAUCAUGGUCCAUGUCCCAUAUACCUUCCCCUUACCACUGUGGGAACACCCUAUUGAACCAUUUUAGCCAACCUGAUAUGUCUUCUUUUCUUGCCCAAGAACAGAACACUGUUACAGAUGAGGUAUCACUAUUACCCUCUGUAAUGAGAGGGCAGCCUUUGUACUUCUAAUUUCUGCACACUUGGAAAUGCAUCCCAGCAUUCUCUUAGGUUUUUGUAUCUACCUUCUCAUACCAAGAAUGAUGAUCUCAGGUAGGAUCAUUCUAUAUGUGUUAUUCAGUGUUUUGGGACUGCUUUGCUGUAGGUGCUAUGAGAGAUAUGUCUACCCAGUGCUGUCCAAAAAUGCCAGCUCACUGAAGCAUGAAGGCACCUCUUGUCUAAAUUCCAACUAUGUUUCCAGAUCAUUCUGUCUUUCUGUAAAGUGUUAGUACAAGUUAAAAAAAUACCUUGGUGUGUGACAUCAACAACUUUCUAUUUGAAGCAGCGUACUCAUAACCUAGGAGUCUUUAUUUUGGUCUUGUUUCUUUGGCAAACACAUAUUCUUAUUUUAAAAGGGGACUCUCAACUUAAAUGACUAGCUUUUAGCCUGGCUUUUCAAAAAACAUCUGUUAUUUUAAAACAAAAUAAUAUCUUCAGUAUCUUUGUAAUAGCUUUUAAGAACUCCUGUAGACAAGAGUUUUUCAUUGUAGCAUACUAAGAGGAUAAAAUCCAACUUACUUUUGAGUGUUAGGCACUACAAAGUAUGAAACUGACAUUUCCUUUAUAACAUUUCACACCUAAGUAAACAUGUUGUGUUUUAUUAGAACUCCAUAUGCAGUAUAUUGUAUGGGUUGUUUCAAAGUUAUGGCCCCCUUCAUCUGUCUACUUUGAUUACCUCGUUUAGAAGUGGGAAUGUGGGAGGGACAUCAUGUAAUUUCAGUGAACCAUUCAAGUUGUAUAACUUUUGGUCAUUUGGUAGGACAAAUAAGUGAGACUACAGAAGGGUGCUUAUGCGGUUGCCUCAUACUAAACUACAGGGCAACUGUUUUUAGCAGUGUUGGUCAUGUGCACCACACAAGCUGUGUUUAAGUGUUCUACAAAUUAUUAUUAUGUACAUAGGAGAGUGUAUAUGUCUGUGUACAGUCUGUGUGUAACUUUAUGUUGUGUGGUAUCCUGUUAUGAGACUAUGGGAAGUGAGUAUGGAUUAAUUACUCUAUAAUGUAACCUAGAUAGAUUAUAAAAAAAAGUUGAUUUUAAAUUAUUAUUUUAUUAUUUGUACUGGAAUAAUAAUGGCUUCCAGUUGCACAUAUUUUUGCUUAUUACAAGAAGAAUUAUAAGUGUCUGAGUCAGUAUUCUGUUCAGCUGGGAUGUUAGCACUGUUUUUUCUUAAUCAUAUUUGCUGGUAGUGGGUGUGACAUCCCCACAAUGGCCCACUAAUCAAGGAACCUGAAUCCCCACAGUAUUUUCAGAUGCAGCUGUCUGCACUAAGUACAAUUUCUCUUAAGAGCACGUGGGGAAAACGGUCAGCCCGGGUUCUGGAUUUCUUUGUCUGUCAUCCUUCAGGGCCCCAGUAAGGCUUCCCACUAGCACAGCUAUAGUGUUAAGUCUUCAGCUUAGUGUCCAAGCCAAGUCCUCCACCCUCCUUUAUGUGAAACUGCUCCAAGUUGCUCACACAUGCACACUGAGAUUUCAUUUUCAAACACACACCUGGAAAAGGGUAGCACAGAUUUAACCGCUGUGCCCCCUUUUGCACAAGACUAUAAUGUAGUUAUCACUGCCACUAGACACUCCUUCAGCCAGCUACUCUAAGGCCCUUACAAAAAGUAUCCAAUUAUACUGUGCAAUAUUAAUACUAAUACAAACGGUAGUAGUUGGUAUCACAGCAAGACACUCAGGAGUAGCCCCACAGUGUCACCAAAUGAAUAUAAGCACUUAUUUUCUAAAAGGACUAGCCACAAUAAAUGUUGUAAAUAUGUUUAGUAAUAAAUAAUAAAAGAACAUGAAAAUACUGAAUAUAUAUUUGCAGAAAACCACACAGUUCAAAUCACAGGAAUUCUGAUAGACUUAGACAGAUAUAGAAAAGCAGUAAUAAACUAAUAUUGCUAUAUAUUCCUGGCUGAUCUAAAGAAUUUACUGUUCCCCAAUAACUUACUUGGGCAAGAGAAGAUGAAAUACAUAAGCAGUCUUUCUAGUCAGGGUCCCAAACAGAAUAAACAAUACUCCUAGAAUACUCCCUGUAAUAUGUAAAAAAUAUUUCCAGGGCUGGAAGAAUGACCUCAUCUGGUCACCUGACUCUAGGUUCCCACACUAUCCCCUUUUUAAAUUGAGAGAGAAAUUUAGCAUAGACAUGUAAAGAAUGCAUAUCUAGAGCUUUUCUAAUGUUUGUCAGGCCUGAGGCCAAGGAACAAUCACAGUACUUUCCCCUCUUUCUACUAAAGCUAAUAAACAAUGACUUCUUCCAGACCUACUGUCUCCAGUUGUAUUCAUCACUGUGGGAUAGCAUUUUAAUGGUUUAGCAGCUCAUUUACAUUUCCCUUAUUUUUCUUAAGUAAGCUAGCUGGUUAACCUCUGCUCUUCCAGUGUUCUCAGUUACAGUAUAUACAUUUAAUCAGUUA